AAUCUUGAAAUGGGAUUUUUCUCUAAGUCAUGAGUUCUCCUCACAAGCUUCCCUACACUAGUGGCUUCUAGUGUGAUCUCCUAGGGGAAGCCCUACCCAACCAGAGUCUCAAGCACUUUUCUUCAAGGGUUUUCCUCAAACUUAAACUACCUCUUAGAGGAGGUUCUUCCUAAAUACCACGCUAGGGGAUCCUCGAGGAAGCUGGAACCCCAAUGCCAGACAUUGAGGAUUUUCCACCUCAAAUGAAGUUACUGGCGGAUGAGUUUAAGGAGGUUUUUGAGUCUAUUCCAGACGGACUCCCUCCUGACCGCGCCGUGGGCCACACCAUCCCCGUGGAGCCUGGAAAGCUCCCACCGUUUCGACCUCUGUAUCGCCUCAGUCCAGCUGAGUACGAGGAGGCUAAACAACAGAUUGAGGAGUACCUCAGGAAGGGAUGGAUUGAGCCAAGUGCAUCACCAUAUGGAGAACCAAUCUUGUUUGUUAACAAGAAGGGUGGUGGUUUACGCAUGUGCGUCGACUACCGCGCCUUAAACAAGAUCACGAUAAAGAACAGAUAUCCUCUUCCAAGGAUAGAAGAUCUGUUCGAUCGACUCCAGGGUGCUCAGUGGUUUAGCGCGUUGGAUCUGGCACAGGGGUAUCACCAACUGCGCAUCACUGAGGAGGAUUUUCCCAAGACGGCAUUCCGUUCGCCGUUUGGCCAUUUUCAAUGGCUUGUGCUGAGCUUUGGCUUGACCAAUGCUCCAGCCUCUUUUCAAAGGGCCAUGAACGAUGUGUUCCGCGAAGCAAUCGGGCACUUCGUUCUGGUUUACCUUGACGACAUCUUGGUUUAUUCCAAGACUGAAGAGGAGCACACUCUACACCUAAAAUGGGUGUUAGGAAAGUUGCGAGAACAUAAGUUCUAUGCUCGUUUGUGGAAAUGCCAUUUCUACAAACGCGAGCUGGAAUACCUCGGUCAUCUUGUCGGGAACGACGGACUUAAAGUCGACCCCAAGAAGUGGCUUCUAGUGUGAUCUCCUAGGGGAAGCCCUACCCAACCAGAGUCUCAAGCACUUUUCUUCAAGGGUUUUCCUCAAACUUAAACUACCUCUUAGAGGAGGUUCUUCCUAAAUACCACGCUAGGGGAUCGUUAGUUGAUUUUGCACCCCAUUUUAUAUCCUAGGAUCUUGGAUGUUGAGUUUGGACUUCAACCCUUGUUGCCCAUGAUAUAAGGGCAAGGGUCAUUACAAUCACCAUGAAUCGCGCGACGGUGCUUCUCGUCGCCGCCAUGGCGGCCCUUCUCCUCGGCCCUGCACCACUGUCAGCGGACGCCGCGCCACGCGCGGCCCGCUCCUCUCGCUGGACAGCCUCCGCGAGUCUCGGUCUGCUGCCCCUUCCGCGAGCAUGGCUCCCAAACGCCAUGGCUAUGGGCGUGGCAUGGGAGAGUGUGGAGGAGGCGGCGGGCAUGGUGGAGCGGGGCGACGAGGACGUGAAUGUGCCGCGCAUCCACCUCACCACCGCCGCCACGCUCGCCCUCGACUGCGCCGAGGGAUUCGACCUCUUCGCGCCGGGCAGCUCCAGCGACGCCCGCGUGCUC